UCUUGGGUAAACAUUAGAGCGCCAUAUAGAAAGCCAAUGUAUAUAAGUGAACGGAUAUGUUCCCAGCCAUAAUCGAUGUUUCCCACGCUGAUCCUAUUUAAGUGGCCCGGUUCGGACCUGUAACCUUUUAUUGCGCGUUUCCAGACAGCAUGUUUCACCAUUUAUUACGCGCUCGGAGUUAACGAGUAAUCCAAGAGUUAAUCUUCUCCCACGGUGCUAAAAAAUCAACAAAGAAAGCGGGAUAAAAGUGAAGAAGGAGCAUCGGUAAGUGAGGAAUACGAACUGAGAGGUCGCUUGAAGAAAACACAGAAAAACUUCAUCCUGAUUUUGCGCGUUAUGGAACUGUUGAAGUUUGCAAAGAAACUCUGGUGCGUCCGUAAGCAGCUGGUUCUCCUCAUCACACCAGCCUUAUUACUUCCGCUGCUCUUCGUCCUGCCACAAAAGGAAGGGAAAUGUCUAUACGUGGUGCUGUUGAUGGCAAUUUACUGGUGUACAGAAGCUCUCCCUCUAGCUGUUACUGCCCUGCUACCGAUCUGCCUCUUUCCCACUAUGGGUAUUCUACCCUCCAAGAAGGUCUGUCCACAAUACUUUCUAGAGACUAACUUCCUUUUCCUGAGUGGACUAGUGAUGGCAACUGCAAUUGAGGAGUGGGGCUUACACAAACGUAUCGCCCUCAGAGUUCUCAAGAUUGUCGGAGUGAAACCAGCCUGGUUGAUUUUAGGAAUGAUGAUCACAUCCUCUUUCCUGUCCAUGUGGUUAAGCAACUCUGCUACGACAGCUAUGAUGUUGCCCAUUGCUAAUGCCAUUCUGGAAAGCCUGUUUGGAGACCUGGAAUCACUUAAGGAGAAGUGCAAGGUCACAGAUGAGCCUGAGGGCCAGUGUCAGGUGAAGCUGGAUGGGCUGCUAUCUGAAAAACACAAUCUGACAGCAGUUGAGAGGGGUGAUGGAAUUGAGAAGAUCGAUCAGAAGUGUCAGGAAGAGGCCAGGAAAGAGGCAGAAUACCAGCUGAAAGUGUGGAAAGGAUUUCUCAUCUGUAUCCCCUAUGCAGCCAGUAUCGGGGGAACAGCCACCCUUACUGGAACCGCACCCAACCUCAUUUUCAUCGGACAGCUGAAGAGUCAUUUCCCAGAGUGUGACUUGAUCAACUUUGGCUCUUGGUUCAUCUUCGCUUUCCCACUAAUGAUCAUCUUCCUUCUUGUGUCAUGGAUCUGGAUUGCAUUUCUGUAUGGGGGAAUCAGCACAAGAUUGUGUAUAAAGAAACUCAAUGGCCGUGCAGCUGCUGAAGCCAAAGCCAAUGCAGUCAUUGAUGAAGACUACAAAAAGCUGGGACCCAUGACUUUUGCAGAGAAAGCCAUCUCCUGCUUUUUUGUCCUAUUCGCCAUCCUCCUAUUCACCAGAGACCCAAAAUUUGUCCAAGGCUGGUCAAUAUUCUUCAGAAAAGACUAUGUGUCAGAUGCUGUUACCGGGGUCAUCAUCAUCUCCAUCCUUUUCUUUUUUCCAUCCAAGUGUCCAUCGCUGCAGUGGUGGCUGAACACUAGAGCCGCAAACACUCCGUAUGUGCCUCUGUUGUCUUGGAAAAGAGUUCAGGAAUGUGUUCCAUGGAACAUUAUCCUUCUGCUGGGUGGAGGCUUUGCAAUGGCGAAAGGCUGCGAGGAGUCUGGUCUGGCCGUGUGGAUCGGGGGCCGUUUGCAGCCGUUAGCUACUGUUCCCCCUCCAGUGGCGGUGAUUCUCAUCACAGCCUUCAUUGCUUGCUUCACAGAGUUUGCCAGUAACACCGCCACCAUCAUCAUCUUCCUUCCAGUCAUUGCUGAACUGGCCAGCCAUAUCAAUGUGAAUCCUCUGUACUUCAUGAUACCAGCAACUGUAGGUUGCUCAUAUGCCUUCAUGCUUCCGGUUUCUACUCCACCCAAUUCCAUCGCAUUUGCCUCUGGACACCUCAUGGUGAAAGACAUGGUGAAAACAGGGUUUAUGAUGAACAUUCUGGGGAUUUUGUGUGUAUCUCUGGCUAUAAACACAUGGGGACUGCACAUGUUCAACUUAGACUCCUAUCCAGACUGGGCCAAACCUCUGAACGCCACAGAAAUCACAAUACCACAUUUUAACACUACUGGAUAGACACAUACUGUACAUAUAACGCUCAUAUAAGGACAAACCAAUAGCUGCCAAAAUGGGGUCUGUAUAGUUUGUAUAUAUAUAUAUACAUAUAUAUAUAUAUAUAUAUAUAUAUAUAUAUAUAUAUAUAUAUAUAUAUACACCCUAUAUUUAAUUAUCUCUGAUGAAACAAGAUGUUGGAAAACUGUUAAACUGUUUGUUGUUUUCAUGUCCAGAGCACAGAAGAGCUCUUUCUUCCCAUGUUACUACUUUGCUGCCAUAGCAACAACUAUCACUAUUACCAAAGAAGCUUGAUAUAAAGUCAUAACUGCAAAUGACUUUUAAAUUUUAAUCAACAAUUUAACUCAAUCAGUAUUCUCCAAGCUUAUAUAAAACAGUAGAACAUUCUGUAAGCUUCCAGGAAGGCUUCUGCAAUGGUCAUUUAUGGUAAUAAUGUUCCUAUUUAAGCUUAAAAAAACAACCUUAUGGGAACAUGAGUAUUUACUGCAGGAACAUUGCAGGAAUAGUUGCUAAUAUUAAGAAGAAGAAAAAAUCAAUACCCUGAUAAACUUUGACAGGAAGCUCACCAAAAGCUUGAUGGACUUUCAUAAAUAUUGGUCUCCCUUUGAUCAGAGCAGUACAGUAUGGAUAAAAUGGAAAAAUCUUGUAAUCAUAGUAAAAUUGUGUCAUGUUUUAAUAUAUUUCAGUGUAUUUACAGUAUUAUAAACUCUCUAUGUGACAGAAAACAUUUGGCCUCACCGUAGUUAAUAUAUUUGGUUAGAUUAUGUAAUGCAUCAGACUCCACGCAGACAUGCGCAUCAGGAGCGUCUAAAAGAUUUAUGGAUGUACAGUAUUAGAGAUCUCAUUUGCUAUAGCUGCCUUCUUUGUCAUCAGUAUUUCAAAUGUGAAUUAUUGUCAUAAUGAUUUACAAAUGACAAAUCAUACAACCCAGUGUCUUAUAUCUGGUAUAUAUUAUGACAAUGAGUUAGAUAAGUGUUUAGCUUUAUACCCUCUAAUCACACUACAUGAUGGGGAACACUGACUCACAAACUUAAAAAAUGGUGCCCCCUAGUGUUUGAAUCCAAAAUCAACCAUAGAAAGCUCUUUCAUACAAACUAAUAUAAAUGACUAAUGUAAACCCAAUAUUGAGCUAUAAAAUGAGAGAUUCUGUUUUUUAAACCAAGGAUAGUGGCAGUUCGAUUCAAAUGGUUCUCACAACCCCCUAUCUAUCAAAAUAAUCUGUUGUGUUCUUUCUUACUUAUAGUACAACAGCAAAAAAAAAAAAAAAAAAAAUCUAAUCUAAUGUUUGUUAAAUAAUUCAAUUAAUCUUUAAUAAUAUUAAAAAAAUAUCCGCUACAUAAUACAGUCUCUUAACAGUAAGCAUUGGUUGAUAAGAAAUAUAACGGCCAAAAAUUUAAGCAUUCUGUGAACCAAAGAAUAACUUUAGUGUAACAGGUUUACUGGUUUAAAACGGUGCAUUAAUACAGAUUUUGGUUAUUAUGAUGCGGUCACAGGAGUGUUUAUAUCAAGCCUUUUAUGGCAUCUUUGAAGACAAUUUAGGGAACCGUAUUAUAAAACUGAAACUAUCCGAUUUUUUUUUAAUGUUUCUUUCAUGUUCCUUUUUUUUUGGUACAAAUUGGUCAUGUUUAUGGUUCCAUGAUUUAGUUUUACUUCUGUUAAACACCAACUCUUUCUAAACAUACAGACUGUUCAAAAACUAUUUUGCUAAUUCAGUAGAAUUGAGGAUGAUGGGACCUAGGGAAAUAUGACUUUAGGACUUUACAGGACUUUACUCUUUUGUGAAAUACAUGAGUAAAGUCAUUGGACUGUGUGGGCAAGGAUGUGUAAUUGUUAGUAGUACUACAUCUAUUCAACAAAAAGAGCACUGUAUGACCAUAGAUCUACCUUUCAGUGAGUUACUGACCAACGAUUAAUACAAAUGACACAUUAUAUUUAAACUCAAGUCACACCUCGGCUCUUUAACCUCUUUGUACCAAACAAUCUUUAAGCAAUAUUACUAAUUUAUUUUGAGUUUAUUGAGUUUAUUUUGAGUUUAUAUAUAUAUAUAUAUAAUUUAUAAUUUAAUAUAAAUAAAUUAGUAAUUAGUUUUUAAGAUUCACUUUAACACAUGAAUGUAAACUGUAUAUGAAUGUAACUGUAAAAGCCAGUAUAGAGCCAUAUAUAUACAAAUAUGUAACACACAUCUAUGUUCAGGAACUUGUUAAAAAAUUGCUAUAUCUUUUAGUAAUAGUUCAUUUAUGUGUUAACAUGAUAACGUGACAUUGAUUUAGGAAUUGUUUGCAAAUGUAAUUGAAUGUAAAUGAUCAUCUUUGUGUGUUUUAGGGUUAACUGCAAUUGUAACCUGUAAAUCAUGAUUUGUGCAAUAAGAUAACGGUUGUGUAUUGUUGGCACUGGAUUCAGUUAAACUGUAUUGUUUAAACGACUGGAGGAACGUAUACAUAUACAGAACAUGUAGUUACAUAUACUUCUAAUACACUAUAUUAUAAAUAAAAAUGUUGAAUGAAAAUGAAAAUAACGCUUUCAGGAAAUAUAAGGAAAGGGGUAGUAUAAUGACAGUAUACAGUAAGGGGACAGGCAGUGUGUUUUACUGUCAGAAUAAACACUACCUAUUUCUCUGUGACAUACCAUGCAAAAAAACCUCGUUAUUACUUUUUAAAGGUGGAGUGAAUGUUUACACGUCUGGUUCAUUAUUGGAAAAUGGAACAUGCAGAACAGAUUUAUAGAAAGUCCAGUCUAUACUGUGAAUUCAAUAAAAGGUAUUGUGAGGCCUUU